AUGGAACUGCCCACCGAACUACUACUGGAAAUUAAUUCACACCUCCCGCUUAUUCCCGAAGCUGCCUUUGCGCUGACUUGCAAGCGCAUGUUUGCUAUAUCCGGAGAGAUUCUCGCGUCCAAAUCACUGCGCUUUACUCGGGAUUUUGCGCCACUUUUCCAUCACUAUCGAAAUGGACAUAACUUUGUCACGCCGCGUUGGCAAUUUAUCACCCUAUUGGAAAAUACUCGUUGGCGUGCAUGCUCCAAAUGCCUGAAAUUACACCCUCGGACUGCAUUUUCUCCUCGCGAGCUGAGACGCAAGGCUGAUCUUCGAGCUUGCAACCUUGGCGAGCUUGCUGGUAUCGUCGAUCUAUGUCCGUGCAAGAAGUUGACCUAUCGAGAUAAGAUGGAUCUCGUAGAUCAGCUGAAAAUACGGAACAUCACCUUGAAUGCUCUUAAAACCGAAUUUGGAGACAAGGUUGGAGACAGAUACUGCUGGCACUCAUGUGUCGAGAAGUACGGAUCGACCGAAUUGAAAAUAUCAUUACUCCCUGAGCUCGACAACGACGACCAACUAGUCAUCCGCACAGAAUACGCACUCACCACUGAAUCAGGUCAGGUGGGCAAGGAAGAGUUCAUGACGCCACGAUUCGGAUGCGCGCAUCGAUCUGUCGACUUGUGGUUCUCGAGCGUCUACCAAACCACCAUAUGUCGACUGUUCGAUUCGUUUUGCUCGUCGUGUUCGGACCUGAUUCCAGAUGCGACUUGGGGAAAUCAAAGAAUCCACCCGGCUGAGCCGUCAAUUGGAGUGGAGAACUGCAAUGAGCUCUGUCCUUGGACAGUGCGGGAGCACCCUCCACUUACUUUUGCGCCCCGUCUCGGCGAGGAGAUCAUCCAGCCUGCCAUGAAUGAACAGCCCAUCAGUUCGUUGUACUCGUCUAUUCGCAUGAUGUAA